AAAGGCACGAUUUUUCACUAGAACUCAGUUAUAAAACUUUUCUCACUGAUUCAGCAGUGAAUUCCCAGCGUCGUUAACAAACUACAAAUAUUUACACAAAAUACAACGUAAAGUUAAUUAAACAUAUAAAUUACAACAGGAAGGAAAAAUGCAGAUCUUUGUUAAAACUUUGACGGGGAAGACAAUUACUUUGGAAGUUGAGGCUUCUGACACUAUUGAAAAUGUCAAAGCUAAGAUUCAAGACAAGGAGGGGAUCCCUCCAGACCAGCAGAGAUUGAUCUUCGCUGGUAAGCAGUUGGAAGAUGGCCGAACAUUAUCAGACUACAAUAUCCAGAAGGAAUCCACACUACAUCUCGUACUUCGUCUCCGUGGAGGAAUGCAAAUAUUUGUUAAGACAUUGACUGGUAAAACCAUCACCUUAGAAGUUGAAGCUUCUGACACCAUCGAGAACGUAAAAGCUAAGAUUCAAGACAAAGAGGGGAUCCCUCCAGACCAGCAGAGAUUGAUCUUCGCUGGUAAGCAGUUGGAAGAUGGCCGAACAUUAUCAGACUACAAUAUCCAGAAGGAAUCCACACUACAUCUCGUACUUCGUCUCCGUGGAGGAAUGCAAAUAUUUGUUAAGACAUUGACUGGUAAAACCAUCACCUUAGAAGUUGAAGCUUCUGACACCAUCGAGAACGUAAAAGCUAAGAUUCAAGACAAAGAGGGGAUCCCUCCAGACCAGCAGAGAUUGAUCUUCGCUGGUAAGCAGUUGGAAGAUGGCCGAACAUUAUCAGACUACAAUAUCCAGAAGGAAUCCACACUACAUCUCGUACUUCGUCUUCGUGGAGGAAUGCAAAUAUUUGUUAAGACAUUGACUGGUAAAACCAUCACCUUAGAAGUUGAAGCUUCUGACACCAUCGAGAACGUAAAAGCUAAGAUUCAAGACAAAGAGGGGAUCCCUCCAGACCAGCAGAGAUUGAUCUUCGCUGGUAAGCAGUUGGAAGAUGGCCGUACUCUCUCAGACUACAACAUUCAAAAGGAGUCAACCCUCCACCUCGUACUUCGUCUCCGUGGAGGAAAUUGAAUCGUUUGAAAUAAAUUACAAAACAUAUGUAUUCCAUUUUUUUUUCUUAUAAAUAAAUAAAAAAAAUAAUUA